GGAGAGAGAGAGAAGAGCAAUUGAGAUUUUCGAGCGACAGAGAUCAAAAAUCGCAAACAGCAAUGCCUUAUUAAGUAACAACAUUUAUUAAUCAAUCUUCAUCCGAACAAGAAAAAAAAAAACAAAAACAAAAGAGAAAAAAACUCAGAAAAUUACACAAGAAAAGAAAAUCAAAUGCCUCUCGUUUCUUCUCUUUUCUCUUUUGAUCCAAUAACACAACAACAUCAACAUCCUUCCAGCAUGUAUUUCGCCAAAUUACAGGACUCUCCCAUGUUCCGCCAACAGCUGCAGACCAUGGAAGAAGGUGCAGAAUCGUUACGUGCCAGAUGCUGGAGAUUCUACAAAGGGUGUAAAAAGUACACGGAUGGGCUUUUAGAUGCAUGUGAUGGAGACUUCACCUUUGCAAGUGCCCUCGAAAAUUUUGGGGGAGAACAUUCUGAUCCUUUAUUUGUAACUUUGGGAGGGCCUGUUAUGACCAAAUUCUCUAUGGCUUUGAGAGACAUCAGUACAUUCAAGGACGCUCUUAGGACACAGGUGGAGCAAAUGUUGACUGACCGUCUACUUCACAUUUACAAUGUCGAAAUAAUGGAUGUCAAGGAAGCUCGAAAGCGUUUUGACAAGGCUUCCAUUGCAUAUGACCAGGCACGGGAGAAGUUUAUGUCAUUGAGGAAAAGUACUAGGCAGGAUAUCGUCAUUGCAAUAGAGGAGGAAUUGCACAAUGCAAGAAGCUCAUUUGAAGAAGCCCGUUUCAAUCUGAUUAGUGCUCUUCACAAUGUCGAGGCCAAAAAAAGAUUCGAGUUUUUGGAGGCUGUCACUGGAGUAAUGGAUGCUCAUCUUCAAUAUUUUCGACAGGGAUAUGAACUACUACAUCAGUUGGAGCCCUUCAUUGUUGAGGUUUUGUCAUAUGUACAAAAAGCAAGGGAAAGUCACAAUGAGGAGCAGGUUUCUCUAUUUGAAAGAAUGAUAGAGUACAAGCAACUUGUCCAUCAAGAAAGUAAGUUGUCCUUGAAGGGAUUUUAUGAUUCUCCUGGUCGAGACUCUCCAUUUUCUAGGAUAUCAAGUGAUGUGUUAGAUGCAGUAACAGAAUCUGUCAAAACCGGAAAGGUUCAAACCAUUCGAGAAGGGUUUCUCUCAAAACGAUCCAGCAAUUUAAGAGGCGAUUGGAAGAGAAGGUAUUUUGUUCUUGAUAGUCGCGGAAUGCUUUACUACUUUCGCAAACCAUUGACUCUCUUCCAUGGUGCCAACUCACAGAAGAGUCAUCAUACCUUUGAUAAUUCUUCUGGCAUUUUGAGUCGGUUGAUAUCUUCACAUAUUCAUGGAGCCAAUGAUGAAAAGCCCGUUGCUCGUCAUACGGUGAACUUGCUUACAUCAACAAUCAAGGUUGAUGCGGAACAGACAGAUUUAAGAUUCUGCUUUAGGAUUGUUUCUCCUUCAAAGGUUUAUACAUUGCAGGCAGAAAAUGCCCUGGACCAAAGGGAUUGGAUGGAAAAGAUAACCGGAGUAAUUGCAUCCUUGCUCACUAUACACACACUGGGAAAGCCUCAGCCUGUAAUUUCUCGCUCAGAAGGUGGUGACUGGGAUUCUGCCAGCCCAACUGAUUCAGUACAAAGUUCUUCUGAUGAUGAAAUGGCAGUAAAUUCAGGUUUGGCAUGCAAGAUCACCCCCAAGUCAAAUAGGUCACCUAAUGGCUUGCAGAAGCAUAAACACAGUAUAAAAUGUGAAAAGCCAAUCGAUGUUCUUCGAAGGGUUAAUGGGAAUGACAAAUGUGCUGAUUGUGGUAAAUCUGAACCAGACUGGGCAUCCUUAAACCUUGGCAUCCUUGUAUGCAUUGAAUGUUCUGGUGUUCAUCGAAAUCUUGGUGUACAUAUAUCCAAAGUAAGAUCACUGACACUUGAUGUGAAAGUAUGGGAUUCCUCAGUUUUAAGCAUGUUUCAAUCACUUGGCAAUCUCUUUGCAAACUCAGUUUGGGAGGAGUUAUUGCAUUCGAAAACUUCAACAGAUGAUACUCUUGAUGGAUCAUCUAAGGGCACCAGAACCAAAUUAUUUCAUGCAAGAAAACCUGCAUAUGAUGAUCCCAUUUCACUAAAGGAGAGGUUCAUCCAUGCAAAGUAUUCUGAGAAAGUCUUCGUUCGCCGGAUACCAAACAACAAUCGUCUCCGUACAGUGGCACAACUGGUCUGGGAAAGCAUCUUUGCCAAUGACAAGAAAUCAGUGUACCGGCAUAUUGUGAGAUCCAGUGUGGAUAUCAAUGCUUUAAAUUUAAAUGGUCAAUUUGAUGGAAAUUCUUUUGCCACGCCUUCUUCAAGUCACUCAAGCAUGUCAUCUGAAACUGAAAGCCAACUAAUGGAGGACAUAAAAGAUGGCUCAAGUGUGCUUCACUUGGCAUGCCUUGUAUCUGAUGCUGGAAUGGUGGAGCUGCUCCUACAGUUUAGAGGGAAGAUUGCAACUGCAAAAUUACUUAUUUUAAGGGGGGCCAAUACACAUGUAGUAGAUAAACAAGGAAAGACUCCUCUCAUGCUUGCAUCAGAACCUAGCAGUGAAAUUGUUGGUCUCAUAUCAAGCAGAUGACAUGCUCACACACCCUCCUUUUCUUUUUGGGUCUGGUCCAACAAAAGCUUAAGCCUCAACUAAGAUUGGGACAAAGAAAACAUUGAGGACCACACUGGGCAUGGAUUUUGAAUUAGGCAACAGAAAGCAACUAGCCCAAGAGGCCUUUUGGGUCACCUGUUCAUAGUUAUCUUCUUCUGUUGUAUAUAACUAUAUAUAAUAUAAUAUAUAGUAUAAUCUCACAUUGUUGUAAUGUCCAUCCAUCUUAAAUUUUGAGAUUGUAUCAUAUGAUCAAAUCUCACCAAGAGUUGUACAUAAUAUAAGUUACUUAAGUGAUUAAUCAACUAGGUUCAAGGAGGAAAAGGUGAUUAAUUUCUACUAAGGAAUUAAUAGGCACAAUUGUUAAGCCUCUUUUUCCUUUUCGGUAUUAUACGUGAAAAGUUGGUUCACAAUUUCAUUUUUAUUAUUUAUUUUUUAUUUAAUAAUAGAAAAUAUCAAUUUAUAUUUCAACAUGAUGAAUAGUAAACAAAAAAGAGA